UUCUAAGGCAUAUGGAUUGGCUUUCGAAACUUUCUUAUCCACGAAAAUCUUACACCAACUGAUACAUAUACUUGACUGAAAACAGAUUUGGAAAAUACUUUCAAAGCAAAACCAGAGAAAAAGCUCCUCCAUCACUAAGUAAAAAAAUAUAUUGAAAAAAAAAAAAAAUGUUACAGAGCCCAAAAUCCUUGCAAUCUUCCUCUCACUUCCUUCAUCAUCCAAAACUUCCACUACCACCUACUCCACAAAUUCUAGAAAUACCCACUUCCCCAUCUUUUCCAACAACCAAACAAUGCUGCAAACUCUCUCGCAGAGAUCUCACAAUCCAAAGCAAUUCCUUGUUGCUUCUUCUCUUUGGCUUUCAAACUCUAGAACCCUUUCAAAUCUCCAAUGCUCGAGCUGAAGAGGAAAACUUGGCAGGCACUAAAACGGAAGAACAGCAAGUUGAGAAUUCAGACACCUCUCCUAGUUGCAAUAAUAGAAGCCUGACAAAGCGUGCAUUCAUUGACAUAUCCAUUGACGGAGAACCAGCUGGUCGUAUAAUUGUCGGGCUAUAUGGAAACGAUGCCCCAGUCGGAGUUGCUACAUUUAGUGAUCUUGUGAGUGGUGCUGCUGGUAUUAGUUAUAGGAGGAAAGAGUUCGUCAAAAUCAUGCCAAGUUAUGUCCAGCAUGGUGGGGUGAGAUCUUAUGGUGUGGAUGCAGAGAUGGCGAAAAGGACGGGAAGCACUUCAACGAUAGAGAAUCUUGUCGACGAAUGGGAGAGGAUAGAACAGAGGUGUGGAGCAGGGACUAAGAACUUGGCUGGAAGUGUGAGCAUUAUUGUUAGAGAUCCUUCAAAACCACCCCCUAAGUUGAAGCUGGUUGCAAGGAAAGGGAAGCUGGAGAUAGAUCAAGAGGAGGUCGGUACAGCCCCAAACGGAACAGAGUUUGUCAUUGCGUAUAAGGAUUCUCCGGAGCUGGAUGCUUCCACUUUGGUGGUCGGGAAAGUGUUGGAAGGCAUGGAGAUUGUAGAGAGGAUUGGCCUGGUGAAGACUGUAAAAGAGAAUACCAGUUCUCCUUAUUUCAGGGUGGCAAAGCUGAUAGGUGACAAAAGAGCCGUUGUAGCAGAAAGAGGUUUCAACCGCCCUUACUCAAAGGUGGUGGUCACAAAUUGUGGCUUGCUGGAGUAGACUCUGUUCACAACCCAUUUUCUUCCCUUUCUUUUUUGUUAGAAGAGAAACACUUCAUGUAGUGCAAUUAAUUCAUUUAUAUUC